AUGAAGAAUUUAAUUUUCAUUUGCUUAAUUGCUAUGGUGCUAACAUAGUAAGUGCAACAGAAAAACUAAUGUAAUGACUGUGGUUAAUUGAAAUCACAAAGUGAUUGUGAAUAAGAAGUAACAGUCACAGGAGCUUGUGAAUGGGUAGCUGCAUCUGGAACUACAGCAGCAAAAUGCUAGAAAAAGACAACAGUAGACCCAACUACCUCAUUCAAACCUUACUGCGAGCUUGUUGAUAAGCCAGAAACAAAUUGUGCUAAAACCUUGGGAUGUGCUUAUAUUGACUCAAAAUGUACACAUUUUGCAGGAUGUCCAGCAUAUGUUAAAACAACAACAACAGAUUGCUAGGCAAUAUCCUUCUUGUGUGUGUCUGAUGGAAAUGCAUGCAUUGAAGCCAAAGUCUGCAAAGAUUACUCUUAAACAUAAUGCGAAACAACCCCAAGUAUCUCAGGAAUUUUGAAAUGCAAGUGGGACACUACUGUUGGAGUUUGUAGAGAUUACUCCUGUUCUGAAGCUGAUGUCAGUUUGAAUACCGAUGAGAAAUGUUCAGCUUGGUUAGCUGGUUGUGUGACAAAAGGUUAAGGUUGUGUUAACUCUCCAAGACCAUCAUGUACUACUUACACUGGAGAUGAUGCAGCCUGUUAAUCCUAUCUUGGAUCAGACGGAAAUUGUGAAUUAGCAGCUGGUACAACAAAUUGCAAAGCCAAAGAAUGUGCAAAUGCUCCUUAAUCAUUAGCAUCUGAUGAUGACUGUAAAGCCUAUCAAAAAGGAUGUAUAACAACUGGUAAAGGUUGUGUUUAAGCAACAACCAAGCCUUUGUGUUCUUCAUACUCAGGUGAUAACACUACAUGCGUUGGAUAUAUUGGAUCAGAUGGAGUUUGUGAAGGUGAUGCUGGAGGUUCUAAGUGUAGAUCUAGGAAAUGUGAAAAUGGUGCAUUUAAUACCGAUGAUCUUUGCAAGUAAUAUUAAUCUACUUGCAAGACCAACGGAAAAACUUGUGUUUCAUCGCUAUCAGCAUGUAACACAUACAAGGGAACUGCUACAACUUGUGCAGUUUAUGUUGGUACUGAUGGUUAUUGCAAAGGAACAAGCACAACAGCCGAUGCUGCUUGCGCACCAAAGGUCUGUGAUGAUGCUCCAGAUACAACUACAACAGACGAAGCUUGUGCCAAAUUUUAGGUUGGAUGUGUUACUACAGGAAAAGGAUGUAUUUCUAAAACCAAUUUGAAAUCUUGUACUACUUAUGACGGAGACUCCACCAGUUGUUAAUCAAGAGUGGGAUCUGAAGGAAAAUGUACAUGGAAGAGUGGAACCAAAUGUGUUGCUAGAGAUUGUGCAUCUGCACCAAGUUCUGUGAAUACCAACACUCUCUGUGCCAAUUAUUUCACUAAGUGUGUAACAACAGGAUCUGGAUGUGUUUCAUAAACUACUUGUGAUUUGACAGUAAAAUAACAAAGUUGCGAAGGUACUGAUAACUGUUCCUGGUAACCAAUAUGUACUAGUAAUGCAUAAUGUUCUGAUUUUAAGAAGAAAUCAAUUUGUUUGGCCAACCAAGCUAGAGUCCAAACUUUUGUCAAGAAUGAUGAUAAGGGAAAUCCCAUCUACGUUUAUGUAUCUACAAAAUGCGGCUGGUUAAAUAAUAGUUGCAAAGUUUUGGCUUGCUCAGAUUUAACAGGAGCUUAUUAUAAUAAUGAUGCUAAUUGUUAAGCAGAACUACCUACUUGCAUAAGUAAUAGAGUUGAUGGAUGCAUAACCAAAUAUGAAUGCAGUAAACUGUUUGGAACUCAAGCCACUUGUUAAAGCUACCCAGGUUAUUGUACCAAUACAUCUUCAGCCACCGAAACUACUGCUUGUAUCUAAAAGAAGUGCUCAGAUAAUACUGAUGCUACUGAUAAUGCUACUUGUGCUUCAUUCUUGCCUGGUUGUAUUAGCAAUGGAAAGGGCUGUGUUGAUUACACCUCCACCUGCUCAUCAAUGAAAGGAACAUAGGAGACAUGCAAUAAAUUAUACGCUUUUAAGAGUGGAUCUUCAUUUGAAACCUUGGUAACAAAUCAAUGUUACAACACAUCAACUGCAACUGAAAAUGAUUUCUGUUAAGUGAAGACAUGCAAAUUGGCUACAAACCAAAAUGAAGGCACAUGUGGUUAAUUCCUAGAUGGAUGUGUUUAUAAUGGAAAUGGAGGAUGCGUUGAUCCCAAAGCUGAUGACACUACUUGUGCAAGCUAUACAGGUGUUUAAACUUUUUGUUCCACUGCUAUCGUUAAGGAUAAUAGUGCUGGAUAUUGUUAUGGAACAUCAACAUCAGGUGCUUGCACUGUAAGACAAUGUACAGAUAAUACAUUGGCCACCAAAGAUGAAGAUUGUGAAACCUUUUUGUCAGGAUGUAUUGCUAAAUCUGAAGGAGGCUGUGUUAAGAGAGACUCAAGAACCUGCGCAUAAUAAACAGGAACAGUUACUUCAUGCUCUAAUUACACUGGUGGAAUAUAAGUAGAUUCAAAAUGGAAUAAGAUUGCAUGUGUCAAAUAUGAUGCUUGCUAACUUAGAGCAUGCACAGAAAAAACCACCCCUUCAACAGCCCAGGAUUGUUACGAUUACAAAUCAACAUGUAGAUUCGUAAAGGCUGGAUCUGCCUGUAUCGAAGCAACUGCUUGUAAUAGUUACACCAUUCCUGAUACAGCAACAACUGAACAAUAAAAGUUUGAUUAUUGUACAGGCACAAAAAAUGCAAGUGGAAUACUAUGUGGGUAUACAAAAGGAGCAUCUAAGUGUUCAGAUAGAACUUGUGACUAAUUUUUGAGCACCUAUACUACCUUAGCAUGCAAUACCUAUUUGUAAAAGAAUGUAUCCACUGCAGGCGAUGAUGUAUGUUCAACAGCUGGAACUUAUUGUUAUUUAUAGGAUAAAACAGAUUGUGCAUACACUUUCCCCUCUGGAAUCUCAGAUUCUGAUAAAUUAGGGUAUUGUUAGAAAUUAAAAGACAAGACUGGUGUAUUUUGCUCAUUUAAAUCUGGAGAUUCAGCUUGUAGUGCAUAAGACACUUGUGAAAAGGUAGUAUCUUAGACAUCUACUGCGGCAUGUAAUGAUGUACAAACUUAUGGAAAAGGAACAUGCCAAAGACCUAGUCCAAGCACAAAAUGUUUAUCUACUGUGACUUAAUGUUCAUCCUUUACUCUAGAAACAGGGCUUACUGAUGCAAAUAAAAAGACAGUCUGUGAAUCUUUGAGACCAGUAGAUGCAACUACUAAUUUUGGUACUGGAACUGCAGUAUAUUCUUGGUGUACUUGGGUAAGUGGUGGAUCCUGCGUAGCAAUGACUUGCAGUGCUAUAUCAUCACCAGCCAAUUAAAGUGAUUGUGACAAAAAAAAGACAGGAUGUUAUUAUUAUGCUUCUAAAUGUUAUGAUUCUAUGGCAUCUUGCCCAACAACAUGGCCAACUGGUGUAGACACAGAUCUCAAAAAGGUGAAUUAUUGUAAAGCAAUGUAUGAAACAAGCAAGGGAUUCUGUGAGAUUAAAAAAGAUGGCUCAGGUUGUCAAACUGGAGCUAAUACUAAUUGUGUUAUAAAUCUAACUGAUGCUUGGACAGGUGCUAACUUUAAUGGAGCCACAACGUCAACUGAAAAUGUCUGUCCAACUUUAUCAUCGAAUGAUAAAACGAAACUCUGUAAAAAAGAUACCGAUAGUGUUUGUAAAACAGGAGGAACUUGUGAAGACAUCCCAUCCCCAGGUAGCUAAGGAGAUUGUGAUUUACAUUUAAAGGGAUGUGUAUUCGCAGCUACUAAAUGUAGAACACCAAAUAUAGCUACAAUUGCCAAUGCAGGAGAUUGUGCAAAAACAACUAUUGUCCCAUUCGCUGAUGCUACUAGUAUUAGUCCAAGUGAAAAAACAGCAUAUUGUUAAAUCUUCUCAAGUAAUGGAUCAUCUAAAUUUUGCACUUAUGAUUAGUAUAAUGAAACAACAUAAACAGCUUGUGCUGAUGCAGCUGGUUGUGAUACUUACACAGUACCAGCAGGUGAUGAAGCAAGAAAAACUUAUUGUUUGAGUAAGAUAACCGCUACUGGUAAAAAGUGUGGAUUCACAGCAGGAAAAGACAAAUGUAGAGACUUUGAUUGCUAAGAUAUAUCAAGUCCAGCAUCCUAAAUUGAUUGCGAUCUCAAUUCAAAUGGAUUAAAGUGUUUUUACUUUAGAGGAACAUGUGUCAAUGAUGACGCAACUUGCGAUGUAGUUCCAGCUGUCGGAUCAGCAUUAAGUGAUAAACAAUCAUACUGCAAAGGUAUUGAUCUUGGAAAUAAAUGUACUUAUUCAGUUGGUGCUUAUUGUACAGAAGUAGAUGUAUGCGAUAAGUUUAGUGUGAAAGAUGCAACAGAUAAAAGUGCUAUUUGUGGAACUUUACUUGAUAAAGCUGGAAAGUAAUGUACAUACAUUUGGGGUGAUUUCUGUGUCAAAUUGAAUACAUGUGAUCAAUAUAAUGGGGGAUCUACAGCGGAAUAUGGACCUGAAGGGGGUAAAGAGGAAGCUUAAUGUAAAGCAGUUAAGUCAACUACUGGAUAUCCAUGCAUAGUAGAUUCUACUUCACCUAAGUUAUGCAAAGCAUAAACUUGUGCUGAUAAUAAUGCCAGUGCCACAGAAUGUAGCAGUAAUGCAGCUGACUGUCUCUAUUAUUAGAGCAAAUGUAUCUCAAAGACUUCUUGUGGUAGUUACUCAGCAGUAGGUGAUGAUGCUACAGCAAAAUAAACUUGGUGUGAAGGAGUUUAGAACUCCACUGGAGACUAUUGUGCUUGGGAUUCAGCAAAUUCAAAAUGUAAAGAUAGAGCCUGCGGCGAUAAAUAGUUUUACACAGAUUUUGAUUGUUAAAGUUACCUUAAAGGCUGUAAGACUGAUGGAACCAAGUGUGUUGCAAUAAAUACUGCAUGUACUUCAUUCAAUGGUUCAGGAGAUUAUUGCAAUGGUUUAUUGGAUCCAACAGGUAAGGAUAGAUGCAGACCAUUGGCUACUGCUACCACCACAUCUACUGCAUGUGUGAACAAAACUUGUUAUGACAAUGUUACAGCCACAACUGAUUCUGAUUGUGAUACCUAUUUGAGUGGAUGUGUCACACGUGGAACGGGAUGCAUUCCAAAUACAGCUGCAUGCUCAUCAUACAGAGGAACCAAAACAUAAUGUGAAACCUUCAAAUAAUACACUGGAUUAGAUACUGAUAAGAAUCCAACUUACGUAUAUUGUUCUGGUGAUGCUAGUAACACUGCCACUAGUGUUUGUAAACCUAGAACUUGCGCAGACAAUACGAUAGCUACCACAGAUGCUGACUGUGCUUCUUAUAUGAAAGGUUGUAUUACCAAAGGAACUGGAUGCGUUGAUGCAACAUCAUAAUGCACUGUGUUUAAGGGACUUUAAGCAACUUGCGCUAAAUUCAUGGGAAAUUCAGGCAAGGAUUAUUGUUGGAAUUCUGCAACUGCAUUGGAAACAGCUAGUUGUGCCAAGAAGAAGUGCACUGAUAUAUCUGGUAAAAACAACGAUGAAUGUUAGAGUGGUAUGCCAGUAUUAAAGAAAGGAGAUGAUCCUUUCUGCGUUUAUGAUGGAACUGGUUGUAUUGAAUAUGGAAAGCUUUGCAGUUAAUUCAAUGGAACUGAAGAGACAUGUCCCACAUUCUUGGCCAAAGAUGGUCCAUGCAAAGCUACUACAGUAGGAACCAUCAAAGGAGCAUGUGCUAAGAGAGUAUGCACAGAAGCACCUAACACUAUUAACACUGAUGCUGACUGCUAGAAAUAUCAUUCAUCUUGCUACACAACUGGUUAUGGAUGUUCUACUGCUAAGUCAUGCUCAAAUUUAACAACCCAAGCCUCAUGCAAAUUGAGAGAGGAAUGCACAUGGGCCAAUUUAUGCGCUAGUUCAAGUACUACAUGCUCUACUUUCAAUGGUCAAGGUUACUCAUAAUGUACCAAUUCUAAAGUCAAUGGCAAGUUCUGUGCUUGGUAAGAGUCUAGCUCAACUUGCAGAGCUUAAGUCUGUGAAGAUCAACCAGCAACAUAUACUUCCCAUGCUCAAUGCCAAGGCUUUGCUGACAAUUGCACAACAACUGGAGCUGGCUGUAUAACUAUUUCCACAUGUUCAACAUACAAGACUCAAUCUAUUUGUGUAGCUGCCUCAACAUCCAAGGAUGGAAUCCAAAGAUGUGGUUGGGAUGCUAUCAAUAAUAAAUGCAGAGCCAGAGCUUGCAGUGACAAAAAUGGUCUUACUGACGAUGAGUGUAACACUUUCUUGGCAGGUUGCAAGACAAAUGGAACUGGUUGUGUGGCUGGAACCUCAUGUACUGAAUUCACUAAUAAAUUAUUCUGCCUCAUUUCUAAGGCUGGACCAUGUCUUUGGGUUAAUUCACAAUGUUACGAUUAUGAUAGAUGUGAAGAUGCAGUCAAAAAGUCACACUCCGAAUGCUAAGCAUUCUCACCAUUAUGCACAACCAACGGAGAAACCUGCAUACCCAUCACAUCUUGUGCCAAUACAGCAAAUAAGGCUUCUUGUGUUGUUGGAACUGAUGGUGCUUGUGGAUGGUUGCCAACUGGAAAGUGUUAGAAGUUUGGACAAUGCACAGACGCUGUCGCUGCUACCAAUGACGAAUGUAUCUCUUAUGGACCUUCAUGUAUUACUGAUGGAACAGCAUGUAUUGCCAAAACAACUUGUGCUUCUUACAAGACAUAAACAGCUUGCAAUAACAAUGGAACCGAUGGUAUUUGCUAUUGGAAUGCCACAGCUAACACUUGCAAAUUGAAGGAGUGCAGUGAUGAAUUAAAGGGUACAAAUGACCAAUGCAAACUCAUCUCUGUCACAGGAGGGUCAUGCACAACCGAUGGAACCAAAUGCAUCCCAUUAUCCACUUGCUCAAGCUAUCUUGAAGCUGGAUGUUUCACUGGAACCGACGGAGAAUGUACCUUUGCAUUACCAGUUGGAGCUACCACUGGAACCAAGGCCUGCAGAUAGAAGCAAUGUGAAGACAUCACUGGAGGAACAUCAAAUGCUAAUUGUACAGGCAUUAUCUCAGGAAAGUCUUGCGUAUCCAAUGGAACCAGUUGCAUCGCCAAGGCUGCUUGCUCAACCUAUAAGAACAUUACCUCUUGUAAUGGAGGUGGCUUAGAAAGCAAUAAAGCAACUGUUUGUGCCUUCACUCCCACUGGAACCGAUAAGGUCAAUGGAACUUGCAAGACAUUCACAACAUGUGCUGAUGCAGCCAAAGAUAAAUUAGCCUGCACAACCAAUCAAUCAUGCAAAUGGACUGAAAACUCCACUGGAACAUCUUGUGCCAGUCACACUUGUGAUACCUUCGCCACAGGAACCGACUGCAGACCAAUUCCAAGCUUUGAUGGUACCUCAUCCACUGUUUGCGUACUCCAAAGUGGAAAAUGUGCUGCAGCUGACCCAGGAACUAUGACAGAUGCCAAGAUUUGCUACACCAAAUCAGCUUACACUUAUAGUUGGAAUUCUGCUACUAAUAAAUGUGAAAGCUGCAUCUCAGGAUCUGUUACUCCAAAUAACUCUAAUGGAACCAACAAUGGAACAGACAACGGAACAACUACCACCGACAGUGCUUUCAUCUUGUCAGCCAUUUCACUCGGUCUUUUGGGAUUAAUGGCAUGAUUUUGAUUUUCAUAUUAUAU